CUCCAAAUCGUAUUACGGCAUCGAGUUCGAGCUCGGGUGGGUCAAUCGGGGAUAUCUAAUCGGACAUAAUUCGGCAAUCCCCCUCUCUUUCUCUCUCUGUCUCUCUCUGAAACGCAGAAGAGGAAUGGAUAGCGACGUUGAAGAGUCGCUGAGGAAGAGACAGAGAAAGAAUCCCUAUUUUGUGGAUUCUUCCUCUCGUAAGAACUUUAUGCAAGAGGAAGAUAUUCGGUUGGAGAUAACACGAGCAAAAUUUUCAAAUGUUCUAAAAAGGCAUGGAGAAUUAACUGAGCGUCUCUCUAGGGAUUCCGACAAGAUGGUGUUUGAGCGUCUACAAAAAGAAUUUGAUGCUGCCCGUGUUUCUCAAACUGAAGAGAUUUGUUUAAAUGGUGAAGAAUGGAAUGAUGGGCUACUAGCAACAAUAAGGGAGCGGGUUCACAUGGAGGCAGAUAGAAAGACAAUGCCAGGGGACACAAACAUGGUGCUUGGUCCUCAUUUUCAGGAAAAAACAACUUAUAAAGUUGGGAGUAAGGUGAUUUGUUGUCUAGAAGGGGCAAGAAUUGGCAUACAAUAUGAGACAUCUUUUCCAGGAGGACCCUGUGAGCUUUACCAUUGUGUGCUCGAAAGCAAAUCAUUUCUUGAAAAGAUGACUGUCCUUGAGCACACAAUUCCCUUUUUUUUACCAAUACGAGAAGCUGAAAAUGAUCUUCUUUCUUCCAAUGCCAUGAAAUUUAUAGAUUACAUCGGAGAACUUUUGCAGGCUUACGUGGAUAGGCGGGAACAGGUCCAGCUUAUCAAGGAGUUGUAUGGAAAUCGAAUUAGAGAAUUGUAUCACAGCCUUCCAUACCACAUGGUUGAAUUUGUACUAGAUGAUUCUGAUUGCAAGGUAACAGUAAGUCUUAGAUAUGCAGAUAUUGUCUCUGUACUUCCUAAUCGAAUCAGAGUGCUUGCUUGGCCAUCCAAGAAAAAUAGCAUUAAUGCAGCAACUCUAAACAGAAAGGAAAGUGGAGUGCUGGGAAGUCACCAAAUUCCUGCACGCUUAUCAUAUGCAGAGGAUGCCUUACGAACCAUGAGCUUACCUCAAGCAUUUGCAGAGAUUGUGUUAAAACUGUCUCGAGAACUUCAGCAUAUAUUUCAUCAUCAGAGUCCCAGUUAGCGAUUCUGUACAAAGCUGUAGCAGAAACUGGCGGGGAUGGCUUUAGCCAUUGCUUUAGCAAAGAUGAGCGCAUGGUUUUCUUGUAAAUAUAUACCUUGUGUUGCUACCAUUCUCAUUUGUAUAUCAAAUAUCGUUCAUAGUGAUCACAUGUCAGUCUGUUCCUGGAAUGAUUCCCAUUCUUAGAUGAUUUUAGAUCCAAUGAUGAGAAGGCGCUGUUUUUUGUCCUAUCAUCAUGGCUAUAUCAUAGCUAUAGAGUGGAGAAUACAAGAUGUAUUUUAGCCUAUAGUUUGGAAGUUUUUGUUUUUG